CACGCUCACUCAACACACACACACAUCUUCAAAGCCAACUGUUUUUCAUAGACUGCCAAUUAGCUAAAGAGAUUACAUCUGGUCCCUGUGCUGAAUAAAUAAGGUGAAAAGAGUGACACGAAUCAGACACUUCGGAGAGGAGAUCGGCUGUGUUCAAGAAACCCCUAAGUGCUUCAGCUGUGGGGGGGGGGAGAAGCGUCAUUCACAGAGGGAACUCCCGACAAUAUAAAACCCACAGACUUCAGAGGGAUUACACUUACGGAUUUUUCUUUGCUUUCCUUUUAUUUAUUUUUUUGGGUCCAAGAGAAAAUUUAUUGUGAAAACUUUCUGUUUCAAGGAAGGAGCCUUCAAGGGGGGGGAAUUCAGGCUGCACGCUGGAGGUGGUUUGAGUUAUGGAUGUUGGUGCACUCCGUUCGACAGAAAGAGGAGCUAGAGAGGGGAUAACAAGCGACGGGACCUCCACUUGCCUCCUUCCACUUCUCCCCAGUAUUCCAGUAUGUUUCUUUCUGUGAGACUUUUUCCAGUCCCAAGAGCUUCAGUACAAUGUGGAAAUGGAUACUGACAAAGGGUGCCUUAGCCUUUUCACACCUGUCCUGUGUCUCCCUGCUUGUCUUGAUCUACACUGUGUCUAUCACCUGCAAUGACAUCGGCAAAGACAUGCAUUCAGCAGGGGUCACCAACUCUUCUGUGGUUGUUGGGAGACAUGUGCGCAGCUACAAUCACCUCCAAGGAGACGUUCGCAAGAGGAAGCUCUUUUCCUUCCAGAAGUUCUUUCUCAGGAUUGAUAAAAAUGGCAAAGUUAAUGGGACGAAGAGCAAGGAUGAUCCCUACAAUAUACUGGAGAUAAAAUCUGUGGAAGUUGGAAUCGUUGCAAUCAGGGGAUUGCACAGCAACUAUUACUUAGCAAUAAGCAAGAAAGGAAAAGUGUAUGGAGCUAGUGAAUUUGGCGUUGACUGCAAACUGAAGGAGCGAAUCGAGGAGAACGGUUACAACACAUAUGCUUCUUCGGAGUGGAAGCACAAGAAGAAGCAAAUGUUUGUGGGGCUUAGUGCGAACGGCACACCGCUGCGAGGAAAGAAAACACGAAGGAAAAACACUGCAACACACUUUCUCCCCAUCGUGGUGUAGCAGCUGGGAGAUGGAAAAAGGGUAUCACUGCACUGAAGAAAAGAUGGACCUGAAAAGUUUGCAAAUGGACAGCAAAAAGGGCACUAUUUGAAGACAAGAAAUAGCCUAACCUGACUGCUUUGACUGCAGAAAUUGCUUGUUGUGCUAUAUAUUAAUAUAUAUAUAUAUUAAGUUAACAAGACUGCGUAACCCUUAUAUCAUUGCAUUUGGCACAGGAGGAAACACUGAACAUUUUCUGUGCCAAAUAUUUUAUUCUGCAUCUGGACCAAAGGAAAAUGAAAGAAAGAUGGAACCUGAACAGUUUGUGAACAUAAUCCAUUCCACCUAACAACUUUGAAGGACAGGCCGCUGCUUAAUUGUGGAAUUUUUGUGUGUGUGAUCUUUGGGGGCAGUUAUUUAUGGAAUACUAACUCAUAUCAAAAGACUUUAAAUGCAUGCUCAAGCUUAAUGAUCCAACGAACACCCAGACACGCAAGCUUUUUCUGGAAGCGCUUGGGUCAGACAAAAGAGCAGCAAGCUUGAGAAGUGGCUGGAUGAAAGAAGGGAUAGGAUUUAGUUAAACAAACAAAAAAGUUUGAAACUACUCUAACAAAAUGAAUGCUCCACUAAGAUUACAUUUUUUUUUCUAUUCCUUUCUUUCGUAAAUUAUUUAUUUUAUGUGAUAUUUUAAAAAAAAACUUAAGUCUUCAACUGGAGAUGCUUUCCUGCAGCAGGAGAAAAUGACCACUUCAUCUAUUACUUCCCCCAGACUCAGAGAAUUGGAAAGUAUGCAUAUUAAACCCAAGGCAUGAUGUUUUUCAAAGUUAUAAUAUCAUGAUGUUAAAAGAGCAAACGAUCAAAGAAACCAAAGAUUUUGUGCAUUAUGGGCUUAUUUUAUCAGAUACAAAGCACAAGAGUCAUUAGAACUAAUUCUUUGACAGACAAUUAUGAAGAACAGGCACUUGCUUUCAAGUGAAGCUAAGCAUCUCAAGUUUCACAGUCACAGAGUUAAGUUUUUUUUCUUUCUUUGCUUUUCAUCUGCAUAUAGGCAGAUGGGGAAUCCUAGAGCAUUAAGAUGCAAGCUUAUUUUGUUAGAGUCCAUCAGAGAGUUCAAUGAAAGAACAAAAAACUGAUACAUACUCACUUUGUAUUCCAUCAAGCUACCACAGCAAAGGCCUAGUUUUCAAAACUUGGUAAAUCAUUAUGAAGAUAUUUCCUUCAAAAUCUUAAAAUGAAAAAAGCAUACUACACACUAACACUGCAACUCACAGAGUACAGCCUAUAAGAAAAUACACAUUUAUGUUCUGAAACAUUAGAGAAAUGAACUGGUAUACUUUAAAACUAGGUACCAAGUUUGAAAACUCAGGACUUUCUUUUUUUCUGAGUGUCACGUAGUAGAUUUAAUAUUAUUUUGAUAUUAUUAUAUAAAAUGAUAACUCUAUGAGAUUAUAUUGAUCCUGCCAUCUUUCUUCAGAAUUGUUGUUUUGAAAGUCUGUUUUAUUUUUAUUGUUUGGAGACUGUAUUUUUUGGUACAGAACUGAGUUCUUUUGGAGAGUCAGAUAUAUUUAAGUUGAACUUCUUGGAUUGCUGGUUUUGGUUGAUUUCUUAUAAGUUAUUGUUAUGUUUUGCCAGCUCUUCCCUCUGUUGUUCUGUCAGCUCAUAUAGGACCUAUACAAUAUUGCUACCCAAUGGUAACUAGGAUGUUGAAUUCUUUCUACUUAAAUAAAGGUCAAUGUUCCCCUUCGUUGCAUACACACUUAAUUUAGAGAUAGGUUGAUUAGUUACUGUAUACAACAUAAACAUCUGAACUGCAUUUUAAAGAUCCUCCUACCCUCCCUAUUACUAGAAUAUACUUGUGUUUAAAAAUUUUUCUUUCAUGUUGGGGAGGGGAGCCUGUCUGUAUACUGCAUUAUGUAAUGUACCCCUGUGUUUAAUUAAAACCAGACAAGUCA